AUGUCUUUAAAUCGAGCCAUAUUUACAACGUUUUGUCAUAUAGUUUUAAUUUCGCAGUGUAGUACACAACCUCGUCAAGUGCGAAAGUUUCCUAAGGAGUUUAUUUUUGGGACCGCCACUUCUUCCUAUCAAAUAGAAGGGGCAUGGAAGGCAGACGGGAAAUCUGAAAAUAUUUGGGAUCGCAUGACUCAUACGCGGCCAGAGUUGAUUAGAGACGGUACUAAUGGUGAUAUUGCUGACAACUCAUAUUAUUUGUACAAGAGAGAUGUGGAGAUGUUAAGAGAGUUAGGUGCUGACUUCUACAGGUUUUCCCUUUCUUGGGCAAGGAUUCUACCUACCAGCUUCCCAGAUAAAAUUAACAAAGCCGGGGUAGCAUAUUACAAUAACCUGAUAAAUGAAUUACUUAAGUACAAUAUACAACCUAUGGUCACAAUUUAUCAUUGGGAUUUACCACAGAAACUCCAAGAACUCGGUGGGUGGGCGAACCCCAACAUUGUAGAUUGGUAUGCAGACUAUGCACGAACUGUAUUCACUUUGUUUGGUGAUCGAGUCAAGUAUUGGAUCACUAUAAACGAACCACAUUUAGUGUGCCAUUAUUCGUACGGAGACACGUUCUUAGCUCCUGCAUUAGAUAUUAAAGGAGUUCCAGAAUAUUUAUGUGCAAAAAAUUUGCUUGUGGCACACGCAACAGCUUAUCACAUAUACGACAAAGAAUUUAGAUCAAAACAACAAGGGAAAAUUUUUAUUUCCUUUAGCGCUCAAUGGUAUGAACCCUUGACAAAAAGAGACACGAAGGCGGCCGAUGAAGCAAAUCAAUUUGAGUGGGCGCAAUAUAGUCACCCAAUAUAUUCAAAAACUGGUGACUUUCCUCCGGCGAUGAAAAGACGAAUAGCAGCAAGGAGCGCUGAACAAGGGUUCCCCAGAUCCAGACUGCCAGAAUUCACUCAAGACGAAAUUAAAUUAAUUCGAGGAAGUUCCGAUAUAUUCGGAUUAAAUCAUUACUUUACCAAUUAUGUAAAUAGAAAUGAAUCUGUUUAUAGAUAUUACGAAUCUCCUUCGUUUCAAGAUGAUUUAGCCGUGUUUUACAGCGUCUUACCAGAGUGGACCAUUGGCGAGUCAAAUUACACCAAGUUUGUGCCAUGGGGAUUUUACAAGUUAUUAACACAAAUAAGGAAAGAUUACGGCAACCCGCCUAUUUUCAUAACUGAAAACGGUUUUGCGACCCGCGGCGGCUUGAACGACGAUGACCGCGUACUUUACUACACAGAGUAUAUGUCCGCCAUGUUGGAUGCCAUGGAGGAAGGCUCUGAUGUGCGAGCGUACACUCCUUGGAGUCUAAUGGACAACUAUGAAUGGUCUAGCGGAUACAUUGAAAAGUUCGGGCUAUACGAAGUUGACUACAGCUCUCCGCAGCUCACACGCACACCGCGCAAGUCCGCUUACCUCAUGAAGGAAAUAUUCCGAACACACGCGCUGAGGCGCUGCAAUAACACACAAUUAUAUGGAUUGUUACUGUUUCUGGCUUGGGUGGCUUUCGCUGAUUGUAAAUCAAGUGUGAACAGACAUGAGAUAAGAAAAAUUCCAGAUGGAAUUAUGUUCGGAACAGCCACUGCAUCCUAUCAAGUCGAAGGCGCAUGGAACGAAGAUGGUAAAAGUGAAAAUAUAUGGGAUCGCUUAUCCCACAGCGAGCCUUGCGCUAUCAAAAACUGUGACACGGGUGAUAUUGCCGACGAUUCUUAUCACCAAUACGAAAGAGACGUAGAGAUGAUGAGGGAACUCGGUCUAGAUUUCUACAGAUUUUCCUUAUCAUGGUCAAGAAUACUCCCAACCAGUUUCCCUGAUAAAAUAAACGAAAAGGGAGUGCAAUAUUAUAACAAUCUUAUCGACGAAAUGCUAAAGUACAACAUACAACCAAUGGUUACAUUAUACCAUUGGGAUUUACCACAGAAACUGCAGGACAUGGGUGGUUGGACUAACCCUCAUGUCGUUGAUUGGUUUACUGACUACGCCCGGAUCGUCUUUGAAUUGUUUGGAGACCGAGUCAAAUAUUGGUUCACUUUUAACGAGCCAAAGGAAGUUUGCUAUCAAGGAUAUGGCGGCGCAUCCAUGGCCCCUCUAUAUAACAUUUCAGGGUAUGCUGAUUAUUUAUGCGCAAAAAACUUACUAAUAUCGCAUGCUAAAACAUACCACAUGUAUAAAAAUGAAUUCUACGAAUCACAGAGCGGUACUGUUGGUAUAGCUAUUAGUGCAUCUUGGGCUGAACCUGAAUCUGAAGCGCAUGCUGAAGCGGCUGAAGAUGCUAGACAGUUUGAGCAUGGAUUAUAUAUCAAUCCAAUUUUUUCAAAAGACGGCGAUUUUCCUGCUGUUAUGAGAGAGCGAAUCGCUGCGAAAAGCUUUGAACAAGGAUUCUUUCGGUCGAGAUUGCCUGAAUUUAGUCCCGAAGAAGUGGAAUUAAUAAAAGGCAGUUCCGACUUCCUUGGGAUCAACCAUUAUUCAAGUAGUAUCGUAUAUAGAAAUGCAUCUUUGACUAGCAGCUCCUUCCCAUCACCCUCAUUCUACGAUGACGUCGGGACGUUGUCUUAUCACGAUAGUACGUGGGAAGGGGCUGCAUCUUCGUGGUUAAAGGUUGUGCCAUGGGGCUUCUACAAGCUUUUAACUAAACUACGCACAGAUUACAAUAACCCUCCAAUAUACAUAACUGAAAAUGGCUUCUCUACGCGAGGGGGGUUGGACGACGACAGUCGCAUCUCGUACUACAGGCAAUAUAUCGACGCCAUGUUGGACGCGGUCGACGAGGGCUCCGAUGUUCGUACCUAUACAGCGUGGAGCUUGAUGGAUAACUUUGAGUGGCUACAAGGAUACACGGAACGUUUCGGACUGUACGAAGUAGAUUACGAGGAUCCCAAACGCACGCGCACGGCGCGCAAGUCCGCCUACGUGUACAAGGAGAUUAUACGCAGCAGACAACUCGACUACCAUUACGAGCCCGACACCACCCUGCCCAUCACUAUCGACGAAGGACACUAAACGACCAAUAAACAUAAAUGUUUUAAACAUAACUACACAAACAUUGUCUUUGAUUUCAACUUAAUUAUUUAUUAUUAAACUUCCCUAUUUUUAUUUUAUUUUGUAUGUAGGUAAAUUGUUAUACGCCAGAAAUAGCCGAAUAUUUAUGUUUUAAUCCAUGUUCACAGCAAAUAAAUAAAUAAUAAAUAAACGAAGUUCUA